UUAGGAACAUUUAAAGUUUGUCCAUAAUGUCAACAUCCAGGGAGAAAAAUGAGGACUACGUUUGUAUGGAGAAUCGAUCGUCCCCUUUCCUCUAAAGACCGUAAAAAAAUCACAUCAUAAAUCAUAAAUUUAAAAAAAACAGCAAGUCCAUGUAAUAUAUUAGCCAUUUGAACUCAUUGAUUAUACAUCAAAUGGCGUCAAGGGCAGCCAAUACUUUAAACAUAAUUAGAAAUUCACAUGACAAUGACCGCUCCAUACAAUUCGUAGUUCGCCUCAAUGCACUUUUAAGUGGUAUUAAUUCAACACUCUCCGUAGUGCCAUGAAUACCUUUGCACCGUUAGCAGCAUUUAUAUUUAAAUUUAUUAAUUAAAUUUAACAUUUAAUUAAAAAAAUAUAUGUGUUACAGUAAUAUACCUCGAUAUUUUUACAAUUUCGUUAUUCAAAAUAAAUAAAUAAAUAAAUAAGCACAAAAAUUACAAAAUAUUACUUUUCUAGUGAGUAAAUAGUGUCAGUGGUAGGCAAUGUGAUAGAUUUCGACGGACGUUAUAAAUUUUGAAAAUGGAAUUUUGUGCGCGGAUUUUUGUACAGACUAUCAUCAUUUGUUUUUGUGUUGUUUUUGCAAAUGGAAGGAGUGUACGACAGAAUAGUGGUAACACAAAUAAAGACUUCGAUGAAAGAAACAAGUACCACUGGAGGCAACAGGCACAAUGGACUUUGCGGUCAAAGCUCUCAACGCCACUCAACACCAACAUAGCAAAGAACGUGAUACUAUUCCUGGGUGACGGCAUGAGUGUGACCACACUAGCUGCUACCAGAGCGUAUCUUGGGCAAAAGUAUGGUCAUCUAGGGGAAGAGAUCAAGUUGAGCUUCGAGAUGUUCCCUUACACCGGAUUAUCUAAGACAUACUGCGUAGACCACAACGUAGCGGAUUCUGCAUGCAGCGGCACAGCCUAUCUAUCCGGAGUGAAGGCCAACAGUGGGACUGUGGGCCUCAGCGCCGCUGUCAAACGGGGGGACUGUGUUGGGCAAUUGUCUGGGAACCAUUCCGUGACGGGGCUCAUGGACUGGGCACAGAAGGCUGAGAAAAGCACAGGGGUUGUCACCACGACGCGUGUGACCCACGCUACCCCGGCAGCCUCAUACGCGCACUCAGCUGACCGGCGUUGGGAGGCCGACACAGACCUGCCAAGAUAUGGGCCUCGUUGUGAGGACAUAGCCACGCAACUCGUGAGAGGGAAAGUCGGGAAGAAUAUUGAUGUGGUCCUAGGCGGCGGCCGGCAAAACUUCCUCCCCUACACCAAAAAGGACAUUGAAGGCCACAUCGGCUACAGAAAGGACGGCACCGACCUCAUUGCCGAAUGGCUUGAUACCAAAAAGAAUCUCGGACACAACGCCAAAUACGUAUACACUAAGAAAGGACUUCUCAAUAUCAACCCCAGUGUGGAUAGUGUACUUGGCCUGUUCUCGCCGAGUCAUAUGCCGUAUCAUUUAGAAGCUGAUGAGGACGACCCGAGCUUGGCGGAGAUGACGCAGAAAGCUAUACAGAUACUGUCCAAGAAUAAGAAUGGGUUCUUCUUGUUUGUUGAAGGAGGCAGAAUAGACACCGCCCACCACGAGACCAAAGCCCAAAAGGCCUUAGACGAGACCGUGGAGCUGGCGAAGGCAGUGGAAGCAGCGCUCAGGAUGGUGAACACUGAAGAAACUCUGGUGGUGGUCACGUCAGAUCAUAGCCACACCAUGACGUACAGCGGGUACAGCAAGCGAGGAUCCGACAUACUUGGUUUCAGUAACAGGAUAAAUGCAUCAGACCACCAGCCGUUCACGACCCUAAGCUACGCGACGGGGCCAGGCCACAAGCAAGGCCACGACUCACAAAGAUACGACCUCACGUCUGACGAUCUCAAAAACCCAAACUAUACCUACCCGGCCUUAGUCCCGAUGUCCCGAGAGACUCACGGAGGCGAGGACGUGGCGGUGUUCGCGCGUGGGCCGUGGGCACACCUGUUCACAGGCAACUACGAGCAGAACUACCUGCCGCAUGCACUCGCAUAUGCGGCCUGCAUGGGCAGUGGGCUGCACGCGUGUCACCAAUACAGCUACGCAUAGAUUUACAACACGCUCAACUACAUCAAUCAGUGGUCUGUUUUAAUUAUACGAUUUUUCAAUGGUUAAUAAUAAAUUAAUCAAUUGUCAAUCAACUGAAAAGCAAUCGGUUAUUUACUUAUGAAUAAUUUAUUAAUCUAUGAUUUAUUAUUCAUUCCAUUGAACAAUGAUUUUUAAUGAAUUGGUACUAAAACAAACAGGUGUCCGAUUUUGAUAAUAAAAAUAUAUAUAUAAUAUGUAUAUAGAAAAGCAUUUUUUUCUAAAUAAAUAAGAAUGUUAUUGCGAUCUGCAUGGGUGGCGAUGGCGGGCUGCACCGCCACCAGUAUAGUUACAAGUACCUAGUCAGUUUACCGGCUACGAGUUACGAACUGAACUACAUCCCACAUGCGCUCGCAUAUGCGGCCUGCAUGGGCAGCGAACUACACGCCUGCCAUCAGUAUACUUACACGUAGCCUGUAACUCACGAAGGCGACGUAACGGUGCUCGCGCGUGUUUGGCGCACCUGUUCACGGAAAACUACGAGCAGAACUACUUCCCACAUGCGCUCGCAUAUGCAGCCUGCAUGGGCGGCGGACUGCAUGUCUGCCAUCAGUAUAACACAUAGCCUGUUGGUUUUUAUGCGUCGUUUACAGUAGAACACCGAGCCGCUCCGAUUCAUGCUCCGCUUUC